AUGAAUUAUUUCAUCCUGCUGCCGCUUUUCGCCACGAUGAUCUCCGGAAAGUCACCUCGGCUGAAAUUUGUGUUGCACGAGGCCUCCAGGUUCCACUUCAACCGGCCGGAGAACUACAUCAGCAUGUUCCACCCUGAAGGCAGCGACACGCUGUACGUGGGCGGCCGGGCGAUGGUGUUCCUGCUGACCUUCACCAGCAGAGGGGUCCGCGACCUGGAGAUCCCAGUGGCCUCUGACCAGACCGCUAUCGACACCUGCAAGGCGAAGGCUGCACCACUCGAGCUGGAGUGUGAUAACUUCAUCACGGUCAUUCAGAAAGUAAACGACACAAUAAUCGUGUGCGGGACCAAUGCUGGAAGCCCCAGGUGCUGGAUGCUGGUAAACAACACGGUGCUGACGGAUGUCCGGGGCAACGGGCAGAUCGCGUCCGCCUCCGACAUCUCGCCGCCUUACCCGUCCCAGAAGUCCAUCAGCCUGCCCGCAGAUGGCAGCAUGUACUCCGCCAUGUCGUCGGUGGCGGGUCACGCCGGCUCGAUCCGCCGCACGUUUGGUUCCCAGAAGCUCUUGAAGACGGAGAACGUUUGGCUGCUGAAUCCUCAGUUUGCGGGCGCCGCCGUGAUCCCCUCUUCGAUAAAGUUCAAGGAGGAGAUCUACUUCUUCUUCAGUGAGUUCAACAAGACGGCCCGAGUGGACGAGGAGCCCUUCAAGGCUCGCAUCGGCCGAAUCUGCACGGUGGACGAAGGGGGCAUCAAAGCCCUGCUGGCGGACUCGUGGACCACCUUCAUGAAGGCCCGGGUGAUGUGCGGUGCCGGCAACACGCAGCAGCAGUACAACAACAUGAAGCAGGCGGUGGUGCUGACGGCGCAGGACAAGAGGGCCGGGGUGCUGUACGGCCUGUUCUCCAACGCAUGGGGCAGAACCGUGAUCUGCGCCUACUCCAUCGAAGACAUCGACCAGGCCUUCACCACCUCCAAGCUGAAGGGCUACAGCAGUCCGUUCAUCGGCAGUCGGCCCGGGAUGUGCGUCCGGAAGAACUCGACGGCCGGCGGCCACAGCGACAUCAAGAACCUCGGCGUGAUGCGGUACCACCCGGAGAUCGAGGACGUGAUCCGGCCCGUCGGCGUGGCGCCGCUCGACCUGCCCACGGACGACCAGAUCACGCACGCCGUGGCGGACAUCGUGAUGGCGGUCAACGACGAGCACUACAGCGUCCUGUACCUCGGAACAGACCAAGGCAAGAUCCUCAAGGUUCUCCACACCAGCGAGGGCGUCUUCAUCAUAUCUCAGUACUCUCUGUUUCACAAUGAGGGCCCCGUUCUGAACAUGGCCAUCGACUCCCAAAAGGGACACCUGUACGUCGGCACGGCGAUGGAGGUCCAGCGGCUGCCGCUGGCUGACUGCGGUCGCUACGGCGACACGUGCAGGGAGUGCAUCCUUUCCCGGGAUCCGUACUGCGGCUGGGACCGGUCCAGGAGGAAGUGCAUCCCCAUCCCGCCCGGAUACAACGUCACCACCGGGACGCUCGUUCAGAACCUGGACCAUUCAAACUCCUCUGUUUGUGGGGAAGCUGCUGCUCUGAAGCAGCGUCGCACUUCCCCCAGAGAAGUGAUGGUGCAGUCCAACACCUCCGUCUUUCUCCCUUGCCCCGUGCGCUCCUUCCACGCCACCUACCGCUGGGAGAAAGACAACUGCGUCAAGAACUACCCGUGCCUGUUCUCCGGGGGCUACUGUGUCCUGGGGCCGGCCGUCGACACGCCCCUGAGGGAGGGCGUCUUCCGCUGCAUGGCCACCGAGGACGGGUUCAAGGUGGAGGUCAUCUCCUUCAGGCUGGUGAACCACGGAAGGCCCUUGGCCGCCUCCCUGGCCUCCACCUUGGGGCCGUCGCUCCUGCUCGCCACGGUUACCCUGUGGCUCCAUUAA